UGCGUGCAACACUACCUAAUUAAAUUAUUAUUAUUUGAGACAACAAAACAAAAAACACAAUCGAAGAAUGGGAGCCUCGUUUUUUUAAUGAAGAAAUACUUCAUACUUGAAAUCUUUGGAAUGAGGUCUCACGUUGAGUAUUUACACGUCAUGUCCUCGCGUUGCUUCGCUCUUCCGGUAGGUAGAGAGCUGUCCGUAGUACUGAAACAGUUAUUAGCACGCGCACAACAUUGUUUACAAACAUCGGAUCUGAUCAGCUCAGCUCAUCAAAUCUAUGGAUAGAACGUUUGUUUUUCCCGAGCUAGUGCUAGUCAAAUACUUUAUUAUAAACAGUUAGCGAACUAAUAGUCUGCUUUGUGAUUCACUCUAUAUAUGAUACUAAACAAGGCACGGAAGCAAUGCUACUGAACUGCUUUGGGACAAAUAAUAAUUUACAUGUAGACACCUCCUCCGUGCGUUUACAGACAGUUGAGAUAUAAUAAGGUAGACUGCAUGCAAAUGUUUUUCUUAACCCCCUCCCUCUGUCAAUCAUCCGUCUUUUUCCCUGACUCCUAAACUGUCUAACCAGCAAUGACCGAUAGACAGACUACCAGGCUAUAGAGCUUGCACAGGCCCCAUAUGGAAAAUAAUCAUGAAAAUGAAAUAAGAAUAUUGUAAAGCAGAAGAACAUUAUUUGUACAAACAUCUAAGAAGUAAUCUAACAAGGAUCUGGUAAAAUACUCUGGAGUGAUCAUGGACCCACGGUCUGAGGGAUCCGACCCCCGGUCCGAGGGAACUGACUACGUUCCCAACAGUAUUCCCUAUGUUCCGGAGCACAGGUCUGAGCUGUGUGUGUCAGAGGCUCACAGCCAGCAGCUACUGGGCAUGCUCAGAUCGUUCAGAGAGCGAGGCCUACUGUUUGACUUCACUAUAACAGUCCAGGACCAGACCUUCCCCUGUCACCGCUGUGUCCUGGCAGCCUGCAGCGACUUCUUCAGGGCCAUGUUUGAGUUGGACAUGCGUGAGUGUGGUGAUAGGAUGGUAACCCUGGGUAACCAGUCCCCAGAAGCCGUGCGCUGCUUCCUGGACUUCUGUUACUCUGGAGAGAUGGUCGUCACCCACGAAAACGUAGACAUGCUGUUUCAGCUCGCCUCUUUCCUACAGGUGUCUGUGCUCUUCAGAGCAUGCAGUGACUUCCUGACAGGAACCCUGGAGCUCUCCAACUGCCUGAUGCUAUUGGCCCUCGCCGAGGGAUAUGGCUCCACUUCCCUCCUCCAGCAGGCCAAUGAGUUUGUAGUUCAGAACUUCCACGACCUCUCAAUGACUACAGACUUCCUGGAUAUGCCGUUGGGCGUGCUCGAGUUAUGUCUGGGUUCGGACAGUCUGAGCGUGCCCAGUGAGGAGGUGGCGGUGAGGUCAUCCCUGAGGUGGACAAGUCACGACCUCCAGACCAGACAGAGGCUGUUGCCACGGCUCCUAGCACUGCUACGGCUACAUCACAUACCCACACACACCCUGCAGGCCCUGGCCCGGACUGAGAAUCUCCUCUCAGGGGACCAACUCUGUGUUAGUCUGGUCAGUGAUGCAGUGAGUAGACAGACACAGCUCAGUGGUCUACUGCCAGACGCUAGACCAGCCACCACACAGUCUUACAUCUACAUCCACAAGACAGAGGAGAACGGAGAUAUACACCACAGCUUCUGUUACUGCCUGGACACAGACCAAUGGAGAGAGCUACCUCAGGGCCAGGGGGCGGGUUUUAGUAUGACCCCUGACCCCUCAGGCUCUUCCCUCACCAGCUACGCCGAGAAGGUAUACAAACACAAACACACAUGCACACACACACAGGCAGUAACACAUAGUGGAGUGGUACAACUGAAUUUACGCUUCGAUCAUCUAUCAUUAUUUUAUAUCUCCUCUCCUCUCUUUAAGUUGUUUGUGACAGGUGGCUGUCGGGGCAACUGUUGUCGCACGGUGCGUCUUCACGUGGCAGAGCCGUUCCAUGAUGCGACAGCGGAGGUUUGGUGCUACUGCCCAGUCACACACACCUGCACCCCUGCCCCGGACAUGGGGAAACCCCGUACCAUGCACACAGCCAUCACCACCCUGGACAGACUGUAUGUGCUAGGAGGGAGGACCAGAGGAGAAAGGGAGGGGACUCCUAGCCUAAUGGAGGUGGAGUACUACGACCCCCUGGCCAAAACCUGGACCUCCGUCAGCCCUCUGCCCACUGCUAUCUACUACCCAGAAGCCAGUGCAUGCGGCAGCAUCAUCUACACAUUGGGUUCGUCAGUGGAGAUAUCGGACUCCUUCAACCCUUCGCUGGACUGUUUCCUGCGCUACGAUGCUGUUUCUGACCAGUGGAGCCACCUGGUGGCAGCGUUUGGGCAGUUUUUCCACGCCACCCUGGUCAAGGCUGUGUCCGUCAACAACAUUUUACACCUCUGUGACUUGUCGACAUAUAAGGUGUACAGUUUCUGUCCAGAGACGUGUGUGUGGGAAGGGGAGGGGUCGUUCGAGUGUGCCGGGUUCAACGCAGGCUCCGUGGGCGUGGCCAACCGAAUCUACAUCCUGGGAGGAGACUACUCACCUGAUGAGAUCACUGACGAAGUCCAAGUGUACCACAGUGGGCGGGGCCAGUGGGAGGAAGUGACACCAAUGCCACGGCCCCUGACAGAGUUUCACUGUCAGGUCAUCAGCUUCAACAGAUACAGAGACCCCUGGGGAGGAAGGGACAUGUAACACACACGCAAACACUACCUGGGGACUAAAAGCUGCACUCCGCAUCAAUAAAAUACAUUUUGUUUUGUCAUACCUCAAGUAUUUAUUAGUUUUAUUACAUUUUAUGUUAUAUAUUUAUUUAUAAACUGGGUGGUCGAGCCCUGAUUGCUGAUUGUCUGACAGCCAUGGUAUAUCAGACCAUAUACCACGGGUAUGACAAAACAUGUAUUUUUUACUGCUCUAAUUACAUUGGUAACCAGUUUAUAAUAGCAAUAAGGGACCUCAGGGGUUUGUGGUAUAUGGCCAAUAUACCAUGGCUAAGGGCUGUAUCUCCACGUUGCGUCGUGCCUAAGAACAGCCCUUAGCCAUGGUAUAUUGGCCAUAUACCACAACUCCUCGUGCCUUAUCAAAUAAAAUAAAAUGUUAUUGGUUACAUACACAUAUUUAGCAGAUGUUAUUGUGGGUGUAGCGAAAUACUUGUGUUCCUAGCUCCAACAGUGCAGUAUUAUCUAACAAUUCACAACAAUACACACAAAUCUAAAAGUAAAAGAAUAAUUUGGACAAGCAAUGUCUUUGUGGCAUUGACUAAAAUACAGUAGAAUAGAAUACAGUAUAUACAUAUGAAAUGAGUAAAGCAGUAUGUAAACAUUAUUAAAGUGACUAGUGUUAAAUGAUUAAAGUGACCAGUGAUUCCAUGUCUAUGUAUAUAGGGCAGCAGCCUCUGAGGUGCAGGGUUGAGUAAAUGGGUGUUAGACGGCUAGUGAUGGCUAUUUAACAAUCUGAUGGCCUUGAGAGAGAAGCUGUUUUUCAGUCUCUCGGUCCCAGCUUUGAUGUACCUGUACUGACCUUGCAUUAUGGAUGGUAGCGGGGUGAACAGGCAAUGGCUCGGGUGGUUGAUGUCCUUGUUGAUCUUUUUGGCCUUCCUGUGACAUUGGGUUGGGUGCUAUAGGUGUCCUGGAGGGCAGGCAGUGUGCCCCCUGAUGAUGUGUUGGGCAGACCGCACCACCCUCUGGAGAGCCUUGCGGUUGCGCGCAGUGUAGUUGCCAUGCCAGGCGGUGAUACAGCCCGACAGGAUGCUUUCAAUUGUGCAUCUCUAGAAGUUUGUGAGGGUCUUAGGGACCAAACCAAAUUGCUUCAGCCUCCUGAGGUUGAAGAGGCGCUGUUGCGCCUUCUUCACUACACUGUCUGUGUGGGUGGACCAUUUCAGAUGGUCAGUGAUGUGUACGCAGAGGAACUUGAAGCUUUUCACUGUCAUCCACUGCAGUCCCGUCGAAGUGAAACAGGGCGUGCUCCCUCUGCUGUUUCCUGCUUAAUUGAAACAUUUUCUAUUUCCAAUAAUGCUAUUUGGGUUCAAAGCUACAGUAGAGGUUUCUGAGUCUACUGGCCCACAGACUUAUCUUUGUUGUUUCUGGACAUGUCUGAUUACCUGACUAAGGUUGUUGCAGCUGACAUGUCAUCUAUUGUGGUGCAGGAUCUAUUAAAGAACUUUGUAAUUGCAUUUUUCUGUGUGCAGGUUUUCAGUGUAACUGGACUGGGCCUGCCUUUACUAUUUUAAAGUGAGACAGUGAGAGGCCACUGUCCCAGGUAACAAGUGUUACAACACCCUCUACUGGUAGACUAUGGAAUGUUUUUGUGCCAGAGUAGGCUUGUCUAGCCAAACACCACGUUGUAAUGUUUAAAUAUUUGUAAACACUUGAGCAGAGGGCUAACCAUUUGACAUAAACAUAAUUUAAUUAUGAUUCUACAUAACUCACAUUGUUGACUUUCUCAAAGCCAAAAACAAGGAGCUUCAAAACAGUUCAAAUUGAAUGAGGGCACCUGUGCUCCAUGAUCUAUUGCCGAGUUUUCGCGGGAGAUAUUAUAAGGUAUUCUACUGUUCGGUGUCGUAGGCUACUAGAUGACGGACGGAUUCAACCAUCUGACUGGAUAGGGGUGUUCCACAAUAGGAUACGCUGUAUGUUGUACGUUUUGUUUUUAGAUGUGUCAUGCAAAUGUUUUAUAGUGUUAUAAUAU